CUCUCUAGGACGCACGCCACAUAUAAAGCAGCCGCCCCACGUUACUCAAUAUCAGUGAAGUUACACGGUUCUUGGUGACAAGUGCAUUACCGGACGCGAGACAUGGCAAGCCAGUUCACCCUCCUUGCAUCAGCCCUACUGCUGCUCGCGGCUCUAGCGCUCGCCGCUCCAGCCGAAAAGACCCAGCGGUUAGAACCCAAGCCCCAGCCGAACGACCAGGCCGUGGAGGCAGAACAGGAUGACCUCAAGCCAGCAGCUUCACACUGGGGCGGCCACUGGGGCGGCUACGGAGGUUACGGACACUGGGGCGGUUAUUCACCCUACUAUGGCGGCUACGGCUACGGUUACCCAGGCUACGGGUAUGGAUAUGGCCUUUACGGCGGGUACGGAGGCUACGGGUAUGGCUAUGGCUGGCCGUAUGGCGGAUACUAUGGCGGCCAUGGCUACUGGUGGUAGGAAAAGAUUGUGAAGGAAUUUUGAAAUUAUAUAUGAGGAUUGUUUUAAAAAGAGUGUUUUUCGGAAUAUGUAUUUUAGUAACUUCUAGUAUUUGUCUGAAAGUGCUUGCCGUUUGUAUUUUUAUGUAUAUUUUGUAAUAUAUAGCAUAAUCUAAGUUAGUGUAAGAGUUCAAAUGAUUUCAUAUUACCUACUGCCGUUGGGGAAAUUGUAAGAAUAAUAAACAACAUAUCAUGUACUUAAAGACCUGGU